AUGAUUAUAUUAACUUUAUUAUUAGGCAUAUAUGCUUAAAACAAUAUAAAUGAAUUAUUGAAAGAAUGGGAAAUUCAGAUAGAAUAAUCAUCAAUAGAAAGUUAAUAGACAUUCAAAGAAAUUCUAUACCAAUUUAAAGAUGAAAUACCUAAAUAAUAUCAAUCUAGAUUUUAUAGGAUGUAUGGCUAAUAUAUUUUUUAUGGUCUAGAGAAUGAAAACAUAAUAGAUUUUGCAAGAGUAUGUAUAAUCAUAAUUUAAUUAGGCUCUUUUUUAUUUUAAGAAAUCCUCUGAUCUAGGUGACAUAAAUUCUUAAUUUUAUGUGUCUUUAUUAACUUAUUUAAAUUUGGAUGGAUCAUACAAUAUUUAUAGUAACCUUAAAAAAGAAUCAUAAUUAUUUCGAUAUGUUAAAGAGAAGUAUCAAAGCAUAUCUUUGAUUGAUCUUUACUUUUCUGCUAUUUAAGGUUUAGAUAAGAGUAGUAUAGCAAUGGGUUAUAGACACUUAAAGGGGAUAGGAGUAGAUUAGAAUUGCUCAAAUUCUGCCUUAUUUUAUUUACCAAUUUUGGAGGAUGUUGCUAAUUCACCAAUUAAAGCAAAAUAUAUAAAUGAUAAUAGACAAGUAGCUAAAGCUUUAUAUGACAGUAAUUUUUAUAUGGUUCAUGAAUUGGAUAUUUUUGGACAUGCUCAAAUAUUUGAGAAUUUGAAUUUAAUUACUUAUGAUUCUGCAACUGAAGUUAAACAAUUAGCAUAUAGUUUUUAUUAUGGAUUAAAUGGAUUAAGAAGGAAUUAUGAAAAGGCAUAUUAAUUAUAUCACAAAUUAUAUGAUUAAUUAAAUGAUAAAGAAUCUGGAAUUAAAGUAGCCUAAAUGAAUAUUGAAAACUUGGGAGUUGAAAAACCAAAUUAUGAAAUGGCUUUGGAAAUUCUGAAUAAAAUAGAAACAAAAAAUUAAGAAUACUAGGGAAAGAUCUUUAAUGCUUUGGGUUACAUUUAUUUUAGAGGAUUGGGAGUUCCAUAAGAUAUAGUGAAAGCAUAGGAUUUAUUUAGAAGUAAGUCAUAAUAAAUAUAAUUUUUAGAAGCAGCAGAUUUAUAAAAUAAUGAUGGAUAGUUUAAUUUAGGUUCUUUGUACAUGUUACCAUCAACAAUUUAGAGAGAACGCAAUUAAGCAAAAGGAGUAUAAUUAAUUGAAAAAGCUGCUGCAACUGGACAUGCUAUGGCUUAAUAUAGUUUAGCAUUAAUUUUAUUAGAUGGAGUAGAUCUAUUUUAUUCUUGCGAUUUGGCUGCCUCAUUAUUACAUUCCUCAUCAUCAAGAGGUCCUUGGGCUGAUACACUAAAAAUAGCUAAUUACCUAUUUUAAUAAGAAUAAUAUGCAUAAUCAUUGUCCAAAUAUUUCGAAGCUGGAUAUACUGGAUUUAUUGUUGCAAUAUGUACAUAUAUAAUGUAAUAUUUUAUUAGAGAAUGCUGCUGUAAUUAUGGAAUAAAAUGACGCCUUCUAUUAUGAUACUCUACAUUUUAGUGAUGUAGACAAUAGGCUCAAUAAUGAUCCUGUUUUUAGAAUUAGCGGAGUCAAUGAUGAUCCUUUUAGUUAUUUGUACUCAGAUUAUUUAUAAUUUGUUAAUAAAUCUACUUUAUAUGAACUAUUAUAAUUAGAUAGUUUUGGAUUAAAUGGUUAAUUGUAAUAUCGAUUCCUUACAUAAUGUGCUAAGGAGAAAGAAGCUAUUUGUCAUAUGAAAUUAGGUGACUAUUAUUAUAAUGGAAAGUAUGAAGAAGUGGACUUUUUGAAAUCUUAUUAGUACUAUAAAAAAGCUUUGGAAGGUUAAUUGAUUGAUGCUAUGAAAGCACAUGUGUAUUUUAAUUUAGGUCUAAUGUAUGCAUUAGGUCAUGGAGUUAAUAUUAAUAGAACAAAAUCAAUAGAAAUAUUUGAGUUAUCUAUAAAUAGUUAUUCUUUAAUACCAAUAUUGCCUAUAACUGCUUAGGUAUAAAUUAUCGACUUUUGGGUUAAUGCGUAUAAACAAAUAGAAUAGGCCGGAAUUGAAGAGUUUUUGGAUGUGAACUAUGUAGAAUUAACAUUAAACUUAAUUGAUACUGUAGAAGAAUGCCUAAUAAGUAAUUCAUAAGCAAUUGUAAAUGUUUCGCUGGCAUCAUUAAUAGUUUUUCUGUUUGGAUGGCGUUUGAAAUUAAUUAAUUAACAAAAUUGA